AUGACCAACAAUCUUCACAGUCCAUGCAACAAUUCAUCUAUGCUUGAUGAUGACGAAAAUGAUUGGCUACAUAGAAAUGGUACUUACAUGCGAGAUUUGAGAUCAAUCGAAGAACUGCACAAUGUGUCUACAUCUUCCGGGUUUCAUGGCGAGGAGAGCUACCUAUCGAAGAGUGCUUAUGAUGAAAGGAAACGGCAGCGUGAUUCUUCGGAAGAGACACGACAACAGAAUAGGGAACGGUACUCAUUAAUGCCAAGUGGAAAGAGGGACUCACGAUUGCACAAGAACCGUGAGUAUAAAAAAUCUAUUUGGCAUACCAGCACUUCAUCUGAACACAAUGACAUUGAACCUGCCACAAUGUCAUCCCCAUGCACACCUAUUCCUUACGCUCCUACUGAAGAACCUGUGAACAAGCUUAUUGAAGAUGUCUUCCCAUUGCUUCAUGAGAACGCCGCAUCUGGCUCCUACAUGAGCUCACGUGCCAUCCUUUCAACCAAAAAUAAACAUGUGGAAAAUCUAAAUACAAAGAUGAUUGAAAGGUUUCCUGGCCAAGAAAAGGUGUAUUUUAGCUUUGACUCUGUCGAGGAUGAUGCACGCAACAACUACCCAAUUGACUAUCUAAACUCCAUCACUCCAAAUGGUCUUCCCCCGCAUCUUCUGAAACUCAAAGUCAAUUUUCCUGUCAUUCUUCUCCGAAAUCUCGAUCCUCACAACGGAUUGUGCAAUGGAACAAGAUUGAUGAUUAGAGCAUUUCAAGAUAAUGCAAUUGACGCAGAGAUUGUUGGUGGACAACAUGCUGGAGAUAGAGUGUUCAUUCCGAGGAUCCCUUUGUCGCCCUCUGAGGACAUUUCACUUCCUUUCAAAUUCAAGAGGAAACAAUUUCCCAUACGGUUGAGUUUUGCUAUGACCAUCAACAAAGCCCAGGGGCAAACCAUUCCAACUGUUGGUAUUUACCUCCCUGAGCCUGUAUUCUCGCAUGGAUAG